UACCUCAAAAAAAAAGUUAUUACAAAAACUAGAAAACUAGGCAAACCCAGAAGAUGAAUUCCUAUUUCUCAAUUUUAAAAAUCCCAACACAAAGUAGAAACAUCAUGCAUAUUUCGAGAGUUAUGGUGCUUCUUCAUGUUUCUUACAUGUUAGUGUUGGUUAUAACUGCACUUGCCUUAGUUACCAUGGGAAGAAGAAUAGAGACAUCUUUGAUCCCUCCGACGACAACUUCCAGUCCUUCUCCGGUGUCAUCUGGUCUAUCUCGGGAUUCAAAUUCUCUAUAUCAGGUGGAAUAUAAGAGUGUUUUUCCGGAAUUCUACAGCGACUACGGGUUUUGGAAUCCGACCCCAGUUUAUGGAGGAGGCUUUCCUAAUCCCGCACCGAUUCCUCAUGCCAGACCGGAUCCCAAACCAAGAAAGAAGAAGCAGUAA